AUGUCAUCAGAGAGCUCAGCAGUCCCUACGUGGGAUGGUCAUCCGAAAGGUUGGCGGCGUUACUGUCGUGAGGUGGUGUGGUAUGUGCAAGCUACAAAGGUGGGACAGCGUCGUCAUUUGGCCACCAGGCUAAUUGCACGGCUCUCCGGAAGUGCCCGCCUUUUAGCAAUGUCAUGGCCCCAAUCAGAACUGGAUAAUGAUCGUGGUGUACUCAUUUUCCUGCGUAAGUUAGCAGCAAGUCCUUUGGUCAGACGAAGUCUUCCGAAUGCCGCAGCAACUAUGUCGCAGUAUUUUGGGUUUCGCAAACGACAGAAUGAGACAAUUUCCGAAUUCCUUGUUCGAGAGACCUUGUCUUACGAAGAGUUCCAAGAAGCUUUGAUCCGGCUUCGUGAGGAACGCAGUGGUACUGAUCCAAGCUUGCAAGACUUUGGCUUGGAAGCAAUCUUCAGGAGACAGGAGGAAGAAGAUGCCCAGUGGAAUCGCUGGCGAAACUGGCGUGGUUCUCAUGAUGCGGGUGCUGAACCCGCAGCUGAAGCCUCAGCUGAUGCUGAUGCUACUGAGACUGGUGAGCGACCUGAUGCAGCGACACAUGGCUAUCAGCGCGUGCCUCUAGUUUCUGAACCGGAUCUCAGUCCUCAGUCGAAUGUGGCUCCAGAGCAUGGGAUGAACUCUGCUGACUCAUUUGUGCUUGAUGUUCUGCGAGGAUGGCGCUUGUUACAGGCAGCCACUUUGUCCCGUGAUGAGUUUCGUGAUGUUCUUUCUGCAACAAACAACAAGUUGGAUUUUGAUUCAAUUUCAGGUGCAUUGCAAGUGCUUUGGGAUGAUCAGUUGAUUCAACAUCCUCGACAUGCCCCUUCACAGUUUAAUGCACAUUGGUUGGAAGAACUGGAAGAUCCGCAGAUCAAAGAGGCGUAUCAGUCAGAACGCAUGGCAGAAGCUCUAGCCUCUGAAGCGAGUCUCACAUGGAAAAAAGCCCAGGAGGCUACAGCGGCCUUGCGCCGUGAUAGAGAUCGUGGUGCUCCCAAGGGUAAGUCCAAAGGUUUCAAUAAGGGCAAGAUGGGUAUGGCUGUUUAUGGUGAUCCCUACAUGGAACAGUUUCCCAUGGUGAAAGGCAAAGGCAAAGGCAAGGCAAAGUAUUCCAACUACAUGGAUCACGAGAUGUUUUGGGCUGGCAAAUCUAAGGGCAAAUCCUCAAAAGGGUCAUCAAGUUUUUCGUUCCGUCCUCCUGGUCCGAGUGGUGUCAAUGCUUAUGGCAUGGAGCUCUAUCCCAUUGAGUUCAUGGAAACCCCUGAGUACCAUGAGCCCCUGGAUGUGACCCUGACAGCCACUACUUGGUCUCCACCGCCUUCGGCAUCCCAGGCCAUCAAGUCCUUCGAGGGCAUGGUCGACAGCGGUGCCACAGCCUCUGCUGGUCCCGAGGCCAGCAUUCACAGGGUUUUUGAGUGUUUGCGCCAAGUUGAUCCAGAAGCAACAUUGACUGUUGACCAAACCUUGAAACCCCGUUUUCGGUAUGGUUCAGGGAAGUGGGGACAAGCCUUGUGUCAAGUCACAAUUUCCUCAUGGGCAUCUGGACAUCAGCGAAAAUUUUCAGUUUUUGCUCUCCCGAAUCCUCCAGAAUAUCAUGAACCUUGGUACGAUGAUUCACUGUUGGUUCCUAUUUUGAUCGGCAUGGACUUUUUAGGCGUCAAUGGUGUGGGCUUGGUUCUUGAUUUCGUGGAUGGAUACUCCUGGAUGUCCAAUAUGCCCGGCGUUGCUUCUUUCAACAGUGUGUUCAUCGACGUUCUGCCGGCUCAAAACAGAAGGAAUCCACGGCUGGUGAUCGAAAUCUUUGGAGUGAUGCCUCCGAAGACCAACCUUGCCAACAAGGCUCCCGAGUUGGAUCACAGCCGAGCUCUUCCAGCAGAUCCGAGAGACCCCAGAUGUGGCGAAUGCUGGCCAUGUUUCGGGAGUCACAACGCCUCCGUGAGAGGAUCAAACAGGUAUGGUCAAUGGACCCACUGCGCCGUGUGCAACCUACGGACGCAGUAUGUUCCAAGGAUGGGCUCGCUGACUCACAAUGUCGAGCACAUCGAUCCUCACUAUGUGGCGAAGGCUCUCAGCAUGGUUCAGAAAGAUCUCAAGGGUGUGAAGCCCCACUACAAACUCAUGAAGGUGGCUGUGGAGAAGAUCGAGAGCGACGAGCGCUACUACCAGAUGGUGCUGGGUGCUCCAGAGAUGACCCCAGUUCCGAAAUCUCCCACACGCCACCAGAUGUUCACACCUCCGAGGAGAUCAAUGCACAAUUCCGAGGAGGAGCAGAUCCCAGGUCCCCAGCAGCUCACGUCGAGCCCAAGCUGGCAACAUGUGACUCCACCAAAGGCCCGAGCCAAGUCACCCACGGUGUCUCAGAUGAGUGUGGCAUCAGUUCCAGUGGUGACACCUCAGGAUCUCCUGAGCCAGCUCUCAGCCGAGGUGGGCAAGGCGGCGGUGAAGGUGCUCCAAUUGAUGAUGCUUGGCCUCUUCACCAACUUCCACGACCUUGUGGUGGAGCCUCAUCAGGUUGAUGUUUGGGAGAUUUGCUGCUCACCUCAGUCUUGGCUUUCUGAGGCAUGUACCCAAGAAGGUUUGAAAUGUCAGCGGAUCAAUCUGGCCAAUGGGUUCGAUUUGAACCGUCCUCACACUUUUGAAUCCAUGACCGAGCUCUACAAGAUUCAGCGUCCGAAGAGGCUCUGGAUUUCUAUGCGGUGCACGUUGUGGUGUGCUUGGACCUCCCUCAACUAUAACACUCCGGAGCGGGUGGAACUUUUGGAAUCCAAGCGGCGCAAAGAGCGUAAAGUGUUGAGCUCUGAUACAGCUCGUUCCAGCUACUAUCCCUGGAAGAUGGUUGUCGCGAUUGCCAAGACUUGGAAAUCUCAACUUGUACCAGAACGUUGGCAAUCCAUCCUGUUCCUGACCGUGGACUCCAACGUCCCCAAUUCGACUUUUGAACAGCAACUGUGGGAGAUGAAUCCAGCCGAGAUGGCUGAUGACAUCGCUGAAGUUCCUCCUGAUGAGGGGUACUCACCCACAUCGCUUGCUCCUGAAGAUGCACCAGCGAUUCCCGCCGAUUUGGCUGAUGAUGAUGGACAAAUGGUCCUACCUCCUGCUCAAGAUGAACGCUCUGGUGGAGAUCUUCGGCCUCAAUCCAUGCAGAGCUCUAAGGCAAGUAAUCCCUCUCAAAUGGCUUCGUCACGCUGGCAACAAGAUGGCCAUGGUCGGUGGUCGAAGCAUGAAGCUGAUGGCAAAAUCAUCCCAUCCACGAAGCAGCUUGCCGAGUGGAAUGUCAAGCUUCAAAAGUUUCACAAGGCCUCAGGCGACCAGACCCCUGGGGGUUCGUCUUCCGGAAAGAUUCCGCCAGUAUCAACCAAUCGACUUCCUCAAGCCUGGCAUAUGGUGAUGAUGGAUGUUGGUGAGUGGAAUGUCGUGUCCGUGCGCAAGAAGCUGAAGUUUCUAUUGAUGAUUGAUGCUGCAACGAAGUUUCGCAGCACAGUUCCUCUUAUGGUCUAUGACAUCAAUCAGCAAGGGAACGAGAAUGCCAAGAUGGUCAUCGAAGCUUUUGGUCGCGGCUGGUUGGCGGAAAAACCGAAACCGCUGGUGGUGGUUCCUGACAACGCCAAUACGCUGUGCUCAGCGGCCUUCAGGGAGUUUUGCCACACCAACAAUUUGUGGCUGAGCCCGCCUGUGGAGAAGGAGGCAUGGGCUCACGGAAUUGCUGAACGAGCAGUCCAAGAAACCAAGCUUUUGGCCGACAAGAUCUUCAUCUCUGACGGCACUCUGAGCUUGGAACUAUGUCUGGCCCUUAGCACAGCGGCGUUGAAUAGUACGGAGAACGCACAUGGUUUUUCUCCCUUUCAGUGGGCAUACGGUCACUCUUUUCAGUGGACUGAUGAAGACAUCACUACUCAUCUCCAACUUCAACAAGCUCACCCACUGAGUGAAUUUGAGAAGUUGCUGUCUUGCAGACGCAAAGCUGAGAAUUUGGCACGGCAAGUCCGCGCCAACAACAUACUUGUGCGGCUGAAGAACUCAUGUCCCCGACAGCCUCUCCAGAACUUUGAACCUGCAACACUGGUGAAAGUCUGGCGAAAGUCCCUUCCACAUGAAGCAGCCAAAGGAAAGCGCAGCGGCUUCACCAAGACCAUCAAACCUCACUGGGUGGGACCUGGAAGGGUUCUGUUUCAAGAGCUAUUGCCUUCCCAGAGUGGUGGUGACCGCCGCCAUGUGGUAUGGGUUGUUCUUGGCGGCCGAGCUCACCGUUGCAGUGUUCACUCUGUGAGACCACUAACCUCACAGGAAGAAGCUCUUCAUGAAAUUCAACAUGGUGGCGAAGAGAUGUCCUGGAAAUCAAUCACUGAUUUUCUUCCACGAAGAGAUUAUGUGGACAUGCUGGACGAUGAGCCAGGCGCUGAUGAUGUAGAAGCUCCUGAUCUACCAGCUCAACCAGAUAAAUCCACAUGGUUGCCUUCAUGCCGACUGUACGGCAAAACGGAUAAGCAGGGCAAUGACAAAGCUGCUCAGGCGCUGAAGGGUGCUGCAAUGCGCCUUCCCGCUUUGCCACCAGUCAAUGAGUAUGAAGAGACUGACUUCUUACCAGAAGUGCCUGAUGACACUUUUGAAGACGACUUGGGCAACUCUCUCAAUGACCCAGGUGUGAAGCGAAAAACUGAUCUCCUUGAGUCAGAAGUUUCCUCACGCGAAGCCUCCUCCAAAAGAUCCUCCUUGGCGUCCUCAUCCAUGAGACCUAUGCGUCCUCACUCAGCUGUUGAUAGCGAUGAUAUUGUCACUGGUGAUAGUGUCAAGAAACCCCGGACUGAUGAUGAUAACGCUCUCACCCUUGAUCUUCAUGCUGCUCUCCAAGAAGCUGAGUUUGGGUAUAUCAUGGAAAUGGAGUUGGAUUUCUCAAGCCACAGAAAACUCAAGAAGUUUCUCCAGGCGCCAAACUUCUACUUGGUGCAACAAAUGCGUGAUUGUGAAGUUCGCUAUGAGCGACUCACUGAUGACUUCAAGAAGUUGUUUGACCGCGCAAAGGACAAAGAGGUGGCAUCUUUUCUCAAGUCCGAGGCCGUGAGAAAGUGCAUCUCCAAGGAAGAAGAGGAGGAGGGCAAGAACUCUGGCCGUGUAAUGAAGUGCCGGUGGGUGUUGACAUGGAAAGACACUCCACCAGAUGAACGGCAAGCUUCUCAGCAAGAUGCUCACGAGAAUGCUGGCACUUUGUUCACCCCUUCGGGCGAUCGCAAGGCGAAAGCCCGCAUCGUCUUGUUAGGGUAUCAGCACCCAGAUCUCCUCAAUCCUGAGUUCCGAAGUUCUGCACCUGUUCAAUCAACUUUGACCAGACACCUGACCUUCCAGCUCUCCGUGCAGAACCAGUGGCCAAUCGAAGGCAUGGAUCUUUCAACGGCUUUUCUCCAGACCGAGAAGAACCAGGAGCAGAACCGCAUAUGGACAUCAGGAGUGCGUGAACUGCGUGCUGCACUUGGCGUCUCUGAGGGCGGCAUCAUGCGAAUCCUCAAAGAUUUUUAUGGUUCAACGACAGCUCCUCGUGGACUAUGGCUUGACAUAGACCGUAGACUGCGAAGACUUGGAGCUCACAAAGUCCUUGGCGAUCCAUGUGCCUGGAUAUGGGUAGAGGAAAACCCGAAUGCGGUGAACCAAUUGGAUCGCUUCCGCACUAUUGGGUACAUGGGUGGUCAUGUUGACGAUUUCAACAGAUCCGGUGAUGAGACCAAUCCCAAGUGGCAGAAAAUCAAGGCAGCCAUUGACCGUGAGUAUCAGUGGGGUAGUUCCAAAGUUGGCGCUUACCGCUAUGUGGGCUCCGACAUCCAUCACAGGACUGGUAGCCAAGGUAACUACAUCAUGGUUGACCAGGACUCUUAUGUGGAGAACCUCGCUGAUGUGGAGAUUGAUCCAGUCCGUUUCAAGAAUGCGGCGACAGUCCUCACUAAGUCAGAGAUUGGCAAGUGUCGCUCAGCUUUAGGUGCUUUGCAGUGGUUGGCCGUGCAGACUCAACCUCAAAUCUGCGCAAGAUGCAAUCUCUUGUUGUCUGAAUUGGCACGUGAGCCAAAGAUGACAGUGGCUCAAGAGAUUCAGCAGGUCAUCCGCGAGACUCGCAAGCAUCCUCACCGUCUCCGUUUUGAUCGAAUCCCCUCUGUGAACCAUUGGCAACAAAUGGUGGUGGUGACAAUGAGUGAUCAGGCACACAACAACAGACCUGAUGGCUCUUCCACAGGUGGUUUGAUUAAUUUUCUAGGCGGACCGGAACUCCUUGAUGGUUCUCCCGGCCGUCUGGUGAUGGUUUCAUGGCGUACUUGGAAAUUGCGCCGAGUAGCAAUUUCCUCCAAUGAUGCUGAGAUUCAAGCAAUGGUGGAAGCUGAGGAUGUCAUUUUUCGAACUCGUUUGCUUUGGGCUGAACUGAAUGGUGCUGGCGCUGAAAAGGGUCUUGAUCUUUUAGCUUUUGCUGAGCAAGAAGUUUCUGCAGUCCCUGGUGUUGUGGCCACAGACUCAAAAGGUGGUUUUGAUGCAGUGACUCUGCAAGAAGGUCCAUAUUUGGGUUUGUCAAACGUGAGAUCAGCCAUACAAGCUUUUCAACUGAAACAAUCGUUUGCAGACACAAAAGCAUGGUUGAUUUGGCUUGCUAGUGAUUGGCUCCUUGCAGAUGCUCUGACGAAGAAAAUCCAAGAGUGUCGCAAAAGUUUACUUCAGUUCAUGCGCACAGGUGUUUGGAUGCUUCAAUAUAACCCAGGCUUUGAGACAAGUGCACGAAAGAACAAGAGAGCAGGCAAGGAUGCUCUCACACAGAUGAAGAAAGCCACAGAGAAGUUUGCCAGCUGA